CUUCCUUUCGUCUCCAACAUGCCUGAAAAAGAAUUGGAUUACAUCAGAUCCAGAGAAGCUGCCGAUGGCUCUUCUACUGAAAAAAACGGCGGUGUCUACAUCGAUGCCUUCGAUAAGCAGGACAAUGCUCCACCAUUGAAGGGCUGGAGCAGAUUUGUCGAUGGCUUCAAGAGAGCCGAUGCUGUAGACUACGGUAUCGACCCAAACUUGUCGGAACCUGAAAAGAUUGCUGUGAUGACUGCCAACUCUCCUUUGUCGAGAUCGCUUAAGAACAGACACUUGCAAAUGAUCGCCAUUGGUGGAUCCAUUGGUACUGGUUUGUUUGUCGGUUCCGGUAGUGUUUUGAGAACCGGUGGUCCAGCUGGUCUUCUUAUUGGUUAUAUUUUGAUUGGUGCCAUGAUUUACUGUACAGUUCAAUCCUUGGGUGAAUUGGCUGUUACUUUCCCUGUUUCCGGUGCUUUCGUUACUUACAACUCGAGAUUCAUUGACCCUUCGUGGGGUUUCGCCAUGGCCUGGAACUACGCAAUGCAGUGGUUGGUUGUGUUACCUUUAGAAUUGGUUGCAGCUGCUAUCACAGUGAAAUUCUGGGACAGUCAUACCAACUCUGCCGCUUUUGUCACAAUUUUCUACGUCCUUAUCGUCGCUAUUAACUUCUUCGGUGUGAGAGGUUAUGGUGAAGCUGAAUUCGUCUUUUCGAUCAUCAAAGUUAUUGCUGUUGUCGGUUUCAUUAUCUUGGGUAUAGUGUUGGUCUGCGGUGGUGGUCCAAAAGGUGGCUACCUCGGUGGAAAAUACUGGCAUAACCCAGGUGCCUUUGCUCACGGUUUUAAGGGUGUUUGCUCGGUGUUCGUCUCGGCUGCUUUUGCUUUUGCCGGUACCGAAUUGUGUGGUUUGGCUGCAGCCGAAACUGCCAACCCUCGUAAAUCCUUGCCAAAGGCUACCAAGCAAGUUUUCUGGAGAAUUACCCUUUUCUACGUUAUUUCAUUGACUUUGGUUGGUUUGUUGGUUCCUUAUACCGACGAAAGAUUAAUUGGUACCUCUUCUGUUGAUGCAUCCGCCUCUCCAUUCGUGCUUGCUAUCAAGAACGGUGGUAUUGGUGGUUUGCCAUCCGUCAUGAACGUGGUUAUCAUGAUUGCUGUUUUAUCUGUCGGUAACUCCUCGGUCUUUGGUUCUUCCAGAACCUUAGCUGCCUUGGCUGCUUCUGGCCAGGCUCCUCAAAUUUUUGGUUACAUUGACAAGCGUGGUCGUCCAUUAGUCGGUAUUAUCGUGCAAUGUGUCUUUGGUUUGUUGUGUUACAUCACAGCUUCUAGCAAGUCUGGUGAUGUCUUCAACUGGUUGUUAGCCCUUUCUGGUUUGUCUUCCAUCUUCACCUGGAUGUCCAUCAACCUCUGUUUGAUCAGAUUCAGACGUGCCUUGUACGCUCAAGGUAGAGACACUAGUGAACUUACCUUUACCUCUCAAGUUGGUGUCUACGGUGCCAUCUUCGGUGCUGGUUUGAACAUUUUGGUCUUGAUUGCCCAAUUCUGGAUUGCUGUGUGGCCUCUUGGCGAUAAGCCAAACGCUGAAAACUUCUUCAUGUCCUAUUUGGGUUUCCCUGUUGUUUUGGUAUUCUACAUUCCUCACAAACUCUGGAAGAGAACCUGGAGAUUAUACAUCCCAGCCAAGGAAAUUGACAUUGAUACUGGUAGAAGAGAAUUGGACUUGGAUUUGGUCAAGCAAGAAAUUGUCGAAGAAAAGGCCUACAUUGCCUCUUUGCCAUUCUACAAGAGAGUCUACCACUUUUGGUGUUGAUUCACUGAAAGUGGAGUACCAGGUUAUUUAUUUCGUCACAUCUCAUCUUACCUUUAAUAAUUGUACAAUUCUUGAACUCCUCGUUAAAUAGAUAACUGUCGAUGCAGUUGCGUUUACACCUUUAAUACAUAAAAGAUUUAUUGAU